GUAAAGUUCUCCACGUGGAGCAUAUCGAACUCCUUACAGAGGAGUACAAGCAGCUGAAGAAGGAGGUGGAGGGGAAGGAGCUCGUGAAGGGGACGCUGCACUUCACAGGCGGCCCGUUGGAUGAAGAACGUUCCGGGUUUCCGGCCUUCAGCGGGAUCGCUCGCCUGACUUGGCUGGUUGACCUUUUCGGGAACCUCACUGUUGUGUCUGCCGCGAGGGAAGAACAGAAAGAGAAGAACUACUCCAGGAUGACCGUGCAGUUUCAGACGGCAAACAAGAG